UCGAGUAAAGCCGAAAAUAUCGAAUAAACAACUGUUACCCAAUUAAUUAAUAACAACAUAAACCCAAGCAAAAUGCUGACCCGCGUGUUCCGCCUGGUUCACGACAGACGACUGAGUGUGCCUGUCCUGCGUUGCUUCCACCACGAGUUUACAAAGCCGCCACAGCAGCCAGUCAAGGGCCAGGAAGUCGAAGGCAAUCCCGCAAAGACUUUGGUUGCCGGCGUGCAGAACAAGUACAAAAUAUUCCGUGAUGAGGAGGCCACGGAGAUUUUUGAUGUGGAGGAGGCGCGAAAUCUGGAGCAAGAACUUCCAGAGCAGGAAGUGGAGCCGGAUCAGUAUUACGGCCUAAACUUAAAGCGUGGAGUUCGCGGAGUUUUUGAUGUUGAGGACUUGGUUGAGCUGCUCCGAAAGGAGAAUGUGGACGAUAUAUUCGUCUGCUACGUGCCGGAAAACCUGAAGUAUGUGGACCACCUGGUGGUCUGCAGUGGACGCAGCUACCGGCACAUGCUGACCACGGCGGAAUUCGUGCGCAGAAUGUUCAAGAUCAAGCGCUCCAAGGGUGACAUUCUGCCACGCAUCGAGGGCGAUAAGAGCCGGGAUUGGAUGGCCAUGGACUUGGGCAACAUUGCCCUGCACAUAUUUUCACCCAGUGCUCGCGAGGAAUACGAUCUGGAGUCGCUGUGGGCCAUUGGCUCACAAUACGACCGCGAAAGCCAAAAGCUGCACAAUCCCUAUGACGAUAUUUUCAUGGCCCAAACGCCCAUUUCUGUUGUGGAAAAUUCGAAACUAAAGCCAUAAAAUUGUUCGGCUUUCCAACUUUAGUGUAAAAUCCACAUACAUACAUACAUUUGUUGCACUGGCGUUCUAUGUGCACUUAGAUUAUGAUAAACAUACAAUAAUUCGUCCAUCUGAAAUGUUGAAUAUCACCACACCAUACCAUCAUCAAACUGUAGCAGCCGUAAAACCAUUAAACCAACUGAUCGGAUGAUAAUUUUCAACACGUACUAAAAAUCACAAGGUAA